AUGGCACCGCGUCGUGCAGCAGCAGCCAAGUCCACAGAGAUUCCGGCUAAAAAAGCGAAGCUCGAAGAACCAGCCACCGAACCCGCCAAAGAAGAGAAAGUGGCUGCGAAAAGUAGCGGAGGGGCCUACGUUUUCAUCGAGCAUUGCAAAUCAUGAUCCGUGUUCAAGCGCAAGGCCGCGGAAGUUCAUUCAGAACUGUGCGAACUUGCGCCGGAACACGAUUUCCAGCUCGUGUUGAACGAGGGUGGAAAACCGCGCCGAGGUGCUUUUGAGAUUUCAGUUGCCAAAACAGAGGAUGAUAAGAAGGUUCUGGUUUGGUCUGGACUGAAGAAGGGACCGCCGCGGAAAGAUAAAUUCCCAGAAGUCAAGAGUAUCCUUCCGGACAUUCAAACGGCGCUAAAGUAACGCCCGCAACGUGAAGGAGCACAUAUAAACGGGUCGCUCACAUGUUUUUGCGACAGUUUAUUCGUUAUUUCUU